GCGAACCCCGGACCAGCACUGGAGCGGACGUCCGUCCGGCGUCCUCCCCUCGCGUGAAGGAUGCACCUGCCGCCCACGCGCCCGCGCCCGCCCCUGGCGGGGAUUUCCUCCGCCCUCCCGCUGGCAGUUGGAAGAAAGAGAAAGUGAAAGGAGAACUGGAGGCUUGGGGUUGAAGAGAUCGCGGCGCCAUGAAGCCCCUGUCCCUACUCCUCGCUGUGGCUUUGGGCUGGGCGAGCGCGGUCGCGGCGGGACCGGCCGUGAUCGAGUGCUGGCUCGUGGAGGACGCGGGCGGGGGCCGCCUGGCCAAGAGACCCGCCGCGCUGCUGCUGCGCCAGGGCCCGGAGGCACCGCCGCCCCGGCCGGACCUGGACCCCCAGCUCUACUUCCGAGUGCUCGACCCCGCGGGCGCCCUGCAGUCGGCCUUCAGGCGGUACCCCGCCAGCGCCCCCGCGCCGCACUGCGAGAUGAGCCGCUACGUCCCGCUCCCCGCCCCGGCCAAGUGGGUCAGGGGCCUGGCCCCGGAGCAGAGCUGCCCGCGGGCCCUGGACGGGACUUGGUUCAUGGUCAGCAUGUCCAGCCCGGUCGUCAGCCUCUCCAGCCUCCUGCGACUGCAGUCCGAGCCUCAGCCGGAGCCUGCAGUCAUCACCAGGGCAACAGCCGUGCUGACUGUCGUCACCCACACGCCUACCACUCGAAUCCGACUGGGACAGGAUGCUCUGCUGGACUUGAGCUUUGCCUACAUGCCCCCCACCCCAGAGGCCACUGCAUCUCUGGCCCCAGGUCCCCCUCCCUUUGGGCUGGAGUGGCGACACCAGCACCAGGGUAAGGGGCACCUGCUCCUGGCUGCAACUCCUGGGCUAGAUGGGCAAACGCCAGCUGCCCGAGAUGGGGCAGUGGCAUUUGCCGCUUGGGAUGAUAACGAGCCAUGGGGUCCCUGGACUGGAAAUGGAACUCUCAGGCUACCUGCAGUGCAGCCCCGCCAGGAGGGCGCCUAUAUGGCCACCGUACACCUGUCAUACCUGCAAGGGCAGGUCACUCUGGAGCUUGCUGUGCAGAAGCCUCCCAAAGUGUCCCUGACGCCAGCACCUCUUGUAUGGGCUGCCCCUGGGGAGGCACCCCCAGAAUUGCUCUGCCUUGUGUCCCACUUCUACCCCGCUGCGGGCCUGGAGGUGGAGUGGGAACUCCGAGGCCCAGAUGGCAGCAUUCAGGAGGCCAAGGGGCAUCAGUGGCUCUCAGCCCUGCACCACCACUCGGAUGGCUCCGUCAGCCUCUCGGGGUUCCUGCAGCCGGCCCCCGUCACCUCCGCUCAGCAUGGGGCCCGCUAUGCCUGCCGCGUCCACCACCCCAGCCUGCCCCCCUUGGGGCGCAGCGCUGAAGUCACUUUGGAGGUGGCAGGUCGCUCUGGACCAUCCCUGGAGGAUGGCAUAGGCCUCUUCCUGUCCGCCUUCCUACUCCUAGGGCUCCUCAAGGUGCUGUGCUGGGCAGCUGUCUACCUGUCUACUUCUAAGAAGUCAAAGGAGAAGAAAUCACAGUGAGGGCACUCACCAUCUGGGGAAGCCACCAUCACCUGUCACCUGCUCCUGCUUUCAAUCUCUCCACUGAGUGGCUGGAAAGUUGUUGUUGUUUUUUUGGUGUUUGUUUGUUUUUCACAGACACAGAUCCAUGGCAUUCACCUUCUUAGAGUGCUAGGGCAGUGGUUUCUCACAAUUUUUAUUCUCAGGGCCUCUUAAAAAUUAUCAAGGACUCUAAAGAGCUUUUGCUUAUGUGGGUUACAAACUACAGACAUUUGUCAUAAUAGAACUUAAAACAGGCAAGUUUAGCCCGGCUGGUGUGGCUCAGUGGUUGAGCUUCAACCUAUGAACCUGGAGGUCAUGGUUCCAUUCCUGGUCAGAGCACAUGCCCCGGUUGUGGGCUCGAUCCCCAGUGUGGGGCGUGCAGGAGGCAGCCGAUCAAUGACUCUCUCAUCAUUUAUGUUUAUCUCUUUCUCCUCUGAAAUCAAUAAAAAAAAUAUUUUUAAAAACUGAGGAAAGUUUAAAACAGAAGAAUACAGUGCUUGCUUCAGCAGCACAUAUACUAAAAUUGGAACGAUAGAGAAGAUCCGCAUGGCCCCUGAGCAAGGAUGACAAGCAAAUUCGUGAAGCGUUCCAUAUUUAAAAAAAACAACACCAAACCCAGAAUAAUACACAAGCACAUUCCAUUAGGUUUGAAGGUGAUGUAAAAUACACAUCAUGUAGUUUUUGGGAAACUCCACAAUACUUUUUAUUUUCUUAAUCCUCACCAGAGAAUGUUUUUUCUCAUUGAUUUUUAGAGUAGAAGGGAGGGGUAGAGACGAGAACAUCAUUGGUUGACUCCUGCACAGACCCCGACCCCCACUCCCACCUACCAGGGCCUGAUCACCCUCCAACAGAGGUACUGGGCCCCUGACCCGAAUGGAACCUGCGGUCCUUCAGUCCUCGGGCCAAUGCUCUAACCACUGAGCAACCGGCCUGGGCUCCACAGUACAAUUUUGAAAGAAAGAGUUAGAAACGGCAAAUCACAUCGUAGCAUUAUGAUGAAAGUAGUUUUAACUUCGUACGCCCUGUGUUGCCUCGGGGACCUCUGGGACAGGCCCGCGCUUGACCUGUGCUGUUGGACUGUCCACCCCCUCGGUCCCGGAGCUCGGCUCCCUCUGCCGGGUCCACCCCCGCUCCCCCUGCGAACCCGGACUAGCCCGCCUGGCCCUCCCCGGAGACCCGCCUUCCCCAGGUGCCGUCUCCACGGUCGCGGGUCAGCGUCCGUGGUCUGUCCGCGCCCGGGCUCCGCUCCUGCCCGCUGCUGUGUCCUCCUUGGCCCUGCGCCCGGCGCCCACUGGAGGGCGCUCGGCACACGAGUGUUCCUUUCGCCCUAAAUAUUGGGAAGCGCGCUGGGCCGAACCCCCGGCCGCUGGCGGCGGCGGCUGGGCUUGGGUCUGAUCGCGUGGAAUAAAGCUGUUCCCUCACCA